GCUCAGCUGCCCGCGGGAGCUGUUGCAAAGGCUGACUCCACGAUCCAUGUCAUGGAUUGGGGUCCACGAUCGUGGCCUUUAACAACACCAUAAAACAAGAUUACGACAUACUGACAGUCCUCCUCGUCAUUUCCAAAGGUCACGGACACCAUCUCACUUUUACAUGUCACUUGGAUAAACAUCAACAAAGGACAGUGGUAUGCUCUUGAGACAGUGGCCAUGAAAGGGUGAUGGGGCUGAGCAAGGUGUGGCAGGGAUUAUGGGUGGGGCCGGCCCGGGCCAUCUCAUCCACCUUGCUUUCCCAACACAACAUUACUACAUUGGUCUGGGCCACACCUGAGGUUCACCUGCCACCACUGCAUGAGGGGGUGAAUGUGGUGCAAGUGUUGGUUCAAGACAGUCCUUCACAAGAACUUGGGCCACAUCUGCGCAUCGUGUCUCAGGCCUUCAUGGAGUGCCAAGCACGUGGUGAGGGCAUGGCAGUAGUGUGUCGAGCAGGAAAGAGCAGGUCUGCAGCACUGGCACUGGCAGUGUUGGUGGCACUGCCCGAGGCCCACCUGACACUGAGAGAAGCUUACUUUACCAUCAAGGCAGCCAGACCACUCAUCAGACCCAACCCUGGCUUCUUUGCCCAGGGACUAAUGUUUUAUUUGGCAAAUCCCCAAAAAGAAUUGAGCAAGUAUUAUUUGUACUGCCAAGAUAUUGUGAAGGCUGAAACCAUGCCAAGACAAAGGCCCGGCCAAUAUCAGACACACCAACUUCUCAAAAACACUAAAAAACCCAAGGCAGGAUAUAUGAAUUUGCAAUGCUGUUGUCAAACUCAGUCUCUAUAUGUGCUAUGGUUGAUUAUAAGAACAUGUCAAGGAAUAAAAACCAAGGUGUGAAAGGAUGGGUUGUAUUUCCUAAGAAGAAAGUGGCAAUCCAGGGAAGGCAUUGGGAAACACGAUGUAAACAGACAAGCAGCAACUCAGGGAAGACAUUGGGAGGCAUGAUGUCAACAGACAAUCUUCACCAUUGUCCUGCUAAGAUCUGGCAUCAAAACAUGGUUGUUUCUUUCAUAGGUGCUAGGAUUUAUAAAGGUGUAUGUUCAUUGUAUAACUUAAAUAUUAUAUAACUUAUAUAGAGAAGAAAAAUAGCAUUUCGUCCCAAAGUGAUGAUUCAUCCCGAACUUUAGAUAAUGUACAUAGUGUUAAGCUUUUUUUGCAAUAUUUCUUGCUCUUUGCUUGAUGAUGGCUAAAAAAUGUUCAUAAUAUUUUAUUAGUUGGUUUGAUAACAUGCAAAUGGCAUAAAGAUUUUUUUCCAGUUGACCAGUAAAAUUCUUUAGACUGGUGAAUCUGGCAGUUUUUCCAGACUAGCAAAUGCCCCAAUUAUUUCCUUCUGAUCCAAAGCACAACAAAACAUUGUACUGCAACUUUUAAUUGAUAUUGAUUCCAUUGGAAGCGCCAUCAGAAGUACUUAUCUACCAUUGCUGCUAGGCCUGGCCUUAUCACCACACUACUCAGUUUACCUCAGAACUAACACAAUAAAAACUCACCUCAGUCUGUGGCCUACAAUAAGGUGAACCAGGAAACACUCCUGCCACUGAGGAUCCAAGGUGUACUGUACAGAAAAGGAAACCACUCAUGGGCAGAAUUGUGGCUCAUUUAUUUGGACUUGAUUGUACAAGUCCAGGAUUUUUCUCAUGAUAGAUGGGGGUGAAGGCAGGUGGUUAGUGACAAGAUUUUGAGUGUUAUGAUAAAGAAGCCAUAGAACAGGUGCUCUCACCUCCAAGUGGAACCCUGCAUUAUGAUACACACCUAUCAAUUCUGGUUCCUGAAAUAUACCUCCCAUAAGCUAUGAAUCAGUCACAUCAAUCAGUAACUUGCCUCAAUAGAGAACAAUUUAUUAAAAGCUCAGGCUGAACUCAGAAUGGAUCCAUGGAACUGGGGAGGAAGGCUGAACCUCCAGAUGACUUAAGAUCCAGCUGAACCUCCAGAUGGCUUAGAACCCACCUGAACCCCCAAAAGACCUAGAACCCAGCUGAAACCUCUACAUGGCUUAAAACCCAGCUGAACCUCUAGAUGGCUUAGAACCCAGCUGAACCUCCAUAUGACUUAGAACUCAGCUCCAGACAACUCAGAAUGCAUCUUUGUACUAGAAUCACAUCAACCUAAACAUGAAACUGGCUAAAAAAAAGAUGGUUACACUCAUUGCACUUAAACUCAAGAGUGCAAACUGCAAGUCAGCAAGAGAAAUAAGCAAAUGUGGCUCUAAAUCCUUCCUGAGCAGAGACCUGCCGCAUUAAAACACAUCCUGUACAGCAUGGUAACACACGAAGAAAGCAACAGCCAAAAGAAGGACACAGGCAAAGCAUGGGCAGCAGAAUGAGAUGUAUGUGUUAACUGUAUAGAGCACAGAAAUUAAUUGAGAGCUGUUUGCUGGUGGCCUAGUGUGUAUCCACAGCACAUCCACAAUACUGGCAGAGGUUGUUUCCUCUUCACUGAAUCAUCCAUUUCCAUGGUGAAUGGGAGGAAGAUUCAUGGAAUGAUCUCCAGAGAGGUAUAGUUUUGUUUUCCUCUGCUGGGUGAGGUCAUUUAGGUAUAUAUAAUUACAUAUGAGUAUAUUCAUGAAAAAGGUUUUUGAUUUAAAAAAAAAUUAUUAUUAGCUAACUGAU